ACUGCAAUGAACAUUUGACCAAGAUCAAGUAAAUAAAAGAAGUGAAAUUUUACAGCUGUAUGAUUUAACGAAUUUUAGAAUAACACUAAACUUAAUUUCAAUAGUAUUAUAAGUCUGAUGCUCAAUUUUAAAUAGUGAAAUAUAGUGACCGUUACAUUAUCUUAUCGUUAUGGAUCAAGAAAAACCAGAAAGUACUAGUAGUCUUAGCCAUGGAAAGAGAUCACGACCUUUGUUACUCCAACCCAGCCCGAAGAUUGCAAGAUUGUCAGCCUAUGCAAAUUCCACGUCAAGUUCUAUGCUCAAAAAUUCAAAGAAAUUGUCGCCAAAUUCGCCGCGGAAAAUUAAAGUGUUGUAUAACAAAAACGAUGUUCCACCACCUGGCACUCCUGUCCCAGAUAAACUUGUGCGAAAAGCUGGCCCCUAUUUACUCGGCCCUAAGUUAGGGCCUAGCCCUGUUAAAAGUAUAGUUCAGUGUUUAGCACGUAAAGAGAAAACUGAUGAUUUCUAUCAGAUCAAAAUUCUAACAUUAAAAAAUGAGGGCCAGCCAGAAACACAGGAUGACAGACAAGGGAAAAUGUUAUUACAUACGGAAUAUUCUUUACUAUCAUUGUUAGAAGAUCAAGAUGGUGUUGUACACCAUUAUGGAUUAUUUAAGGAUCAUGCUCUAGAGGAAGCCCCAAACCCCAAUGGACCAGGUUUUAUAUACACAGGUCGAGUUAGACAAAGACUAUUUCUAGUAUUAGACUGUGUUAGUGCCCACCAAUUUAGUGAAAAAGGUAGCGAGUUGAUAAACUUGCAACAGUAUGUAACAAAAGUUAAGAAAGUACCUGAAAAAGAAGCCAUUUUGAUAUUCUAUGAUAUAGUGAGGGUAGUCGCUAAUUUACAUAAGAGAAAUAUAGUACACAGGGAUCUUAAAUUAGGUAACAUAGUGUUAAACCAAAGGACUGGAAGGGUUGUGUUAACUAAUUUCUGCUUGGGCACCCAUCUAGGCAGCGAUAGAGAUCUGUUGAAGGAUCAAAGAGGUUCACCAGCCUACAUAUCACCAGAUGUGUUAUUAUGUAAGCCGUACCUAGGCAAGCCGUCGGACAUGUGGGCUUUGGGUGUUGUCCUAUACACAAUGCUGUAUGGACAAUUCCCAUUUUGUGAUACGAGCCUCGCUCAGCUGUUUAGUCGUAUACAAGCUGCUAAUUAUAAUAUACCACCGGACGGUAAUCCAGUACAUGUUUCGGAUAACACAGUGUUUCUGAUACAGAGGCUAUUGGUGAAGGAUCCCAAACAUAGACUAGUAGCGGUUCAGGUGUUAGACCAAUUAUCGAGCAUAAUAGCGAGCUACAUAACAGUGCCAAACCCACCCGAGGACCUGCAAGUGGUACCGGAUAUACCGCUAGAGGAAGAGAAGGUAAAGGAAAAGGAGCCCGAGGUGGAAAAGAAGCCAGCCUUCCCCGUUGAGGGGGAGAGAAGUCCAUCCAAUGACGAGCUCGGCGUAUACUGCGUACCAUUGCCGGAUUUCCUCGCAUUAAACUUCCCGUCACCGACGCGAGUGCAACAGAACAGCAUACUCAUACACCCCACGACGGACGCGCAGAACACAAAACAGAUAUCCAUACAAAGAAUAGGCAGGGACGCGCGGCCGUUGCUCCCGUGCGAGAUAGCGAGGUACCAGCACAUGUUCACGCGGCAGGAUUCCAGAACGGUCCAGAACUUUGUGCCCGAACGCAAUCCAGAAAGUUCUAGAAUUCGAAAUCUGGCGCAGCGCAUUCCGCGCCUGCACGCGGUCCCAUCCACUUCGAAUUCCGAAUUUCGCGCCAUUCCCUGGUCGGAGAGGCGGUUGCAAAUGGACAGACUGGAUCAGGACUACGGCGUGCGGUUUCCAGAUGCUUCUAGAAGUCGAAUCAUGAAUCCGGCGCCCGUGCACUCGGUGAACCCAGAGGCGGUUGUCAAUAAUCCACGGCCGCCUGUGGACAAUAAUGAUCUCGAAUAUAAUUAAUUUCAAAUAAUUGUUUUUUUUUUCAUAUAAAUAUUAAUAGGGUUUGGUUAUUUGUUAGGUUGUACGUGGUUUUUGGGGGGCAAAUGAUUAUACUUAAUUCGAGUAUAAUGUCAUAUACUGUAGAUAGAAGUUUCCUUUCCUUCUGUUUUAUUUUAUAGAUAUUUGAUACUUAGAACUGUCGAUUGGAUAUUCAAGACGUGAUAAUAUUUUAUCAAUAAUGUAAACUAUUAGUAUAUUUUUAAAUCUUUUAAACUUUACUCGACUUCAAAGAUUUUAUAGUAAUGAAUUUAAAUUUUACAUGAAUAUUUUCAUUAAUGAAUAAAGCUUUUUGUCCGUCUGCGAAAUUCUAUAAUUUCUAUAUUAGCAGAGAAACAUUCUGUGUUAAAGUUGAAUAGUAAGCAUUCAGUACACUAGAAAAGUUUUAUGUACUCCAUCGGCAUAUUUUUUGUAAUGCUUUAUAUUUUUUUCAUUACGUGUUUUAAUUGGCCACUUAAAAGUUACAAUAUAUCAGUCUAGAAAGAAGUGUCAGAUUUUAAAAAGACUUUAUAAAUAGAUCGAUUUGAAUCGUCUGUUUGGUGCAUUGGUUUACUGCGAGCGGGAUAGCAAUUCAUUGUUAGCCAAUUUCCGAAUGACAUGCUAUACGUGAACGGCCGCAUUUAUACUUCAUUUUGUAAUUUAUAUAAAUAUUAAUUAGAUAUUUUAAAAACAAACAUCACCAUAUUAACUAAAUGGUUGAUUUUCAAAAUCUUAAAAUUGUAUUGUCUCCUCCUUUUUAUAUACUGUAUAUAUUAGUUAGAUAUUUUUAUAUUUAUGUAUAGAUGUAAAUAGCGUUAUGUUUUAAUUGUAAUUAACUUUCAAUAUGAAAUUGCAUCGAUUACUGACUGUUUACUUAAAAUUUGUUGUCCAUUGUUUUAUACAAUUCAUUUUUAUUUUAAUGAAUUGAAUGCAUCAUUUGUUUUUAUAAGGCCAUUUAAACCCUCAUGUAAAAUUGUAUGAGAUGUCAAAUAAUGCUCUCAAAUUACUGCAACUCUUGAAUUCUGUUAUUGUGUUCAAUAAAUAUAUAUAUAAUAAUCACGGAAUAUAAAGUACGUUGGGAAACUUAAAUUAGAAAUGAUUUGGAGAAUGUUAUACAGGUUUACUAUAAUUUUAAAUAUUCCCGCCAUUAAAUUUUAAAACGAUAACGAAACGAUAUGAGAGAGGUGGAUAUUCAAAACAAUUAUAUUUCUAUUUUCCUUGUGCAUUAAGCAUUUUGUUGUAAGGAAUCUAAUUUACUGAACUAGUUUUCAUGAUAACAACAUUAUGUAAAAUUAGAUUAUAAACAAUAUACUUCCGAGUCCAAACUGUACUGAUUUUAUAAACAUAACCAAAUUCGGCAUAAAAUCAUACGCAAGUACUUAACCAUGCCUUCUCUUUCUUUCUUGACUCUUAAUUGCUUAGUUGGAGCGAGAAAACAUGAUUUUAAAGCGCAGUUUCAAUAUUUUAUCCACUUUUACUUAUAUGUUGAUCAGUCGUGUUCAAUAUUAUUUUCUAUUUUGUUAUUUAGUAUUAUUAUUUUAGCCUCUGUAGUUAUAUUUUAGAUCAAUUUUGUUAUGUGUUAGCGAAAAUGUCAGUAUGUAUGUGAAUAAAGAUAUAUUUUAAAAGGU